GGCAGUUUUGGGAGGGGGCGGAGCCUCACCCUCAGGCCCCUCCCAGCCCGGGCGCCGCCGGGCGCUGUUGGAGGCGGCGCUGGCGCAGGCACGGGGGCGGCGCCGGGCGGCCAUGACGGGGGCGGGGCUGGAGCGGCACCUGCAGGCGCUGGCGGCCGUGGCCAAUCAGAUGCGGCUCCGCCCACCUUUCCUCACAGAGGUGCUGGGGCAGCCCUGGGCUCUGGCCUUUAGCCCCGCCCCCCGGUCACACCCCCCUCUGCUGCCCCACCCCCUGCGGCCUGCGGGGGGGGGCUUCAACCCGCCCCACCAGGACGGUUACGGCGUUUCCUUCGUGGGGGGAGGGGACGGCCCCGCCCUGGUGCACAUCUCGUGCCGGGAGAGCUCCCCCAAAACCGACCCCCGGCUCUUCUCGCGGAGGCUCCGGGAGGCGCUGGGGAAACUGAGGCAGCUGCAGGGGGGGGAGGGGUGAGGGGGGCGCCGGCCCCUCCCCCCCCCAAUAAAAGAGCUGAGAGAGACC